UUGUAUGUUGGCCGAGGGUUUGCGUGGCGGGGGCGGCAACGACGAUGACAUUAUUUUAUUUAUGCUGUGAUAGUGAAAUAACAACAACAACAACAACAAAAACACCAAGAACCACAACACCCAACCCCCUAAAAUCAAUCGCAAUAUUUUUGACUAGAGCCGCAAAACCAAUGGAUAGUCAUUACAUUAAACGAUAAAAAAAAAAACGGGAAAUUAACCAAAAGCUUUAAUCAUAAACUAAAAAAAACACCAAGCAAAUCGUUGCAAACCAUAUAAAUAAAUAAGUCUUUAAUGCAUAGUGAAAACAGCACCAAUUAGCGCAUAACCUAUAAAAUAUUAGUCAAUAUGUUUAGCUAGUUACAAUUUACAUAGAUACCAUUUAAUUAGUGGCUUCAAACAAAACACCAAAAGAAAGAAACCAACAACCAACAAAAGGGGAAAAACCAAUACCUAGUUCAAUUGUACGGAACGCAAAACUAACGAAUAGCGAUUAGGAAAACUGGCCAACUGAUAAGGCUGGCGAAAAUAUUAAGCUUAUAGCGAAUAGGAAAUAAUAAUAGCAACUACCCCCCAACCGCGCCGAAAGCCCCGAAAAGCGAAUUCAUUCAGAAAACGUGCCACACAACCGGACGGCAGCGACGUCGACUGCGGCAGCGACGGACAACGGUAAAUGUCAAAGUCAUAAAGAGAAAGCGGAGAAAUGCCGAUGAGAGAAAGCUCGAAACAAAUGUCAAAACUGUAAGGAGCUUUUUGGAGAAGCAACGUUAAGUGUCAAAAUCACAAAGAGAAAUCAAAGAGAGUGCCGGAGAGAGAAGCUCAAAACUAGAAGGAUAACCUCCGGUUAAGCAGUUAACCAGAGCUUUUAUGUCAUAAAGCCAUAACUGUUAAAAUCAUUGAGCAAGAAAGGAAAAAUAUUAAAGAAACUGAAUAUUGCUUAAGUCUUAACUAAAAAGGAUGACAUGGUUAAAUGGAUAUCUUUCUGUUAAAUGCUACAUGUUAAAGUGAAAGUGAAGAGACAAAUAGUGCUUCAAGAAGAUUUAGUAGGUCACGCAAAAUCCUUAGAGUAGCUUUACUAAAGAGAAGCCCAUGUCAACUUGACAUAGUUUUUGUCAAAACUCAAACCUAAGAGAAAAGCUGAGGAUAAGGGAAGAAAAGCGAUAGGAAAGUGAAAGGAAAAGCUCAGUGAAUCUUCUUGAAACUAGACCAAUGAGAAAGCCUUAAGUGAAAGCUCAGGACACAAGCUCAAUCACAGCUUUUGGCCAAGACACAAGCCAAUAAACCCAGACCAAUGGCCAGCACAGCGUUGGGAAUGGGUGGGGGAGGAGGCGGAGGAGGGGCACAAGGAGCGCCAGCGGGAUCGGCGCAUCCCGACGACGCCAGCAGCAUGAGCGACGACGUCUUCGAGGAUGCGGAGACCACCCAGGCCAGGAUCGAGGAGCUGCGUCGCCGGCCCUUCGGCGACGGCUGUUACAAUCCCCCCGCAGCACCCGCCUCCGUUUCCGCCUCGAUAACGACAACAACGACGCAGCACCACCACCACCAUGAUCAUAAUCCACACCACCAGCACCACCAUCACAGCCAGCUGAGUUUGACCGGAAGCCAUCACUACCACGACGACACCAUCAUGGCCCCCGUUCAGCGCUCAGCCACCGGAUAUCCGGGCUAUCGUCCCUCCCGCGAGGCCAUGCAGAUGUAUGCGUAUGGAGCCGAGGACUACGAGGACGACUACAACGAUGGCUGGCGAUCGUAUCGCUACGACGAGGUGGACAUGCACCCAGCCCCGCCCACCGCCCAUCAGCAGCCCUUCGACGACACGGUCAACCACAAGACGAUCCUGCUGGGCGACUCGGGAGUGGGCAAGACGUCCUUCCUGGUCAAAUACAACACGGGCGAGUUCCGGCUGGGCUCCUUCUCCGCCACAGUGGGCAUUGCGCUAACGGUCAUAAUGCUGGGAGAUUCGGGAGUGGGCAAGACCUCACUUUUGAUCCGAUUCCGCGAUGGUCGCUAUGUGCCAAGCUAUUUCCUCAGCACGGUCGGCAUUGAUUUUAGGAACAAAGUGGUGGUCGUCGAUGGGACACGCGUCAAGCUGCAAAUCUGGGACACGGCCGGUCAGGAGCGAUUCCGAAGCGUUACCCACGCCUACUACCGCGACGCCCAUGCUCUGCUGCUGCUGUACGAUGUGACCAACAAGACCACCUACGACAACAUCCGCGCCUGGCUGGGCGAAAUACGGGAGUACGCGCAGGAGGACGUGGUCAUCGUUUUAAUAGGAAACAAGGCCGAUUGCAGCGGCAGCGAGCGGCAGGUGAAGCGGGAGGAUGGGGAGCGCUUGGGAAGGGAACACAACGUGCCCUUCAUGGAGACCUCGGCCAAAACGGGACUCAACGUGGAGCUGUCGUUCACAGCGGUGGCCAGGCAGCUGAAGAGUCGCGGCUACGAGCACGGCGAUGAUGGAAAGUUCAAUGUGCAUGAUUUUGUGCGUGACAAUACAAAGGCGCGCUCGGUUUGCGCCCAAUGCAGAAAUAUGUAAUUGCAAUUGUUAUUGGCCAGGUCGCGACUAACAAAAGCCAUAUCCUCCCGAUCCCGCGCACAAAGAUAACAAUAAACUGGCAGACAGAUCGAAGGGAAGUGAAAGUGAAAGUGAGGCACUCAAAAAGAUAUAGAUACGGAUUACUGAAGGGUACACGUAGGGCAGAGUCGAACUUCUGCAUUUAUUGAACAACAAAUUAAACACAAAGACACUCGACAAGAUGGCACCAAUUUUGUAAGAACCUAGUGAGAGGGUAGAGUACUCGGUAUGUUUUGUAUGUAAAUGGGAUUUUCGGGGCGGAUACGCAUAAUUUUUUAAGGGCAAGCCAUUGGCAAUGCGUAAGGCAUAAGUAGGCCAAUCCAAUGCAUAAAUAUUGAACAAUAUAUAUACAUAUAUACAAAUAUCCAUAUACAACUGCAUAAAUUACUUUAACGAGGGAAAAUGAGGGAUAACACCGCAGAGGAAGCGCAGCAAAAUCAUGCAACAUUGAGAUUUAUCCAGCACGUCGUUGGACUUCGCUGAGGAUCGUCUUUAUAUGUACCUACCGAAAACCUACAACUGCAAACCCAGUGGAAAUCUCGAGAAGUACCAAAUCCAAUUAAUGAGAAACAAUCACUCAAUUUACCUACUAUUAGUUGUAUUGUUUUACUCCUAAUUAUUAAGUGUUAUGGCCUAUCGUUAAGUUUUAGACCCACUCGAGGCCCCUGGAAAAUUAUUUACACACCCCACUUAUGAAUACCCUACGCAACUAAGUUAAUUACUACUACUUACGUCUCAUCUAUUGUAAGCCCAACCAAAAAACCCAUUCGAAACUAUUUUGAGGAGCGCGCCCAGGCGACAGGUUGCGAAUAAUCAAAGGCAGUUGAACCUAUUACUAUACUGAGCUACUACAGCGAAAGAAAAAGAAUCCGACGCAUGCAUAUAUCAUGUAAACUAGCUACUAAACAGCGUUAUAUUCAAGCAGACGUCAAGUCUAUACCAUAAACAGCAAAUACAUAUUUACAUUG